GACCAACUCAGCAACUCCAAUAAUACUUCGUACUCGCUCAAUAGUCAAUAGUCGAUCGCAAUAUUUUCCCUCCAAAACGCAAACGGCAAACCCCAGUGGCAGAGAAAAGUGAGGGAAGAGAAAAUGGCGUCCACUUCUGCUCGUGCGCAAAUGGAUACUGCCGGCCGAAUCAGAAAUGCUGCUGACACUUUAUCCUCUGAUAAUCAAUCGCUUAUUGCUGAUAUUCGAAAAACUAUUAAUUGUAUGAAGGAAAUUGCGGUGGAAAUGGAGAAAGUUCAUCGAUCUCAGGAGGUGCAAAAUCUUGAACAAUCAGUUGUAAAAUUAUUGGAAAAUUAUGAAGACACUAUGAAUUUUUCCAAUGUGAUGCAAUCUGUUGGGAGCAAUUAUAAGUCUCGCCCUGGUCCAGAGUUAACUGAUUUUAAAGACGUGCUUGGGCUUGAAGCUUCUAGGCUGAAGAGUUCUUACUCUACAAAUCCUCAGACUAGUGCUAUUUUGAGGAAUUUUAGAGAAGCAGUUUGGAAUGUCCAUCAUGCAGGUCAGCUUAUGCCUGGUGAAGAGCAGGAAGACAUUGUGAUGACUAGUACACCAUUUGGCCUAUCAAAUACAGUUUGCCCAAUAACUGGAAAGUUUGUCACUGAAUUGGCAGAGCCAGUUCGCAGCAUGGACUGCAAGCAUAUCUUUGACAAGCAAUCAAUUAUGCACUAUAUAAAGAAAACAAAGAAGUGCCCAGUAGCAGGUUGUCCAAAACCUUUGCUGGCUAAUAGAGUGGUGUGUGAUCCUCUUUUACCUGUGGAAAUUGAGGAACUGCGUUUACAGAAUAAACACACAGCUGAGCCUGAGCACAUAGAAGACUUCACUGAACUUGAUGAAGAAGAUUAAUGAGCAUUGAAGGUUGUAUAAUAUUUUCACCAGUGGUUCUCAGCAUUCCUUAGCAUGUUUGAAGUACAGUAGAGGUACUUUUUACAAUGUAUUGUCUUUAGAUAAAUGUGCUAAAUGUUUUUUGUUAAAAUGUGUCUGAUAUGCUCUGCACUCGUCACUCUAGAAUUAUUUCUAAUAGAUCUUGUUGUAUUAUGUGUUCAUUAAACAUAAAGAUUGCUUAGAGAGAAUCUUAGGUCAACCUAGUAGUUGUAGGAUUUACCUUACACUCUUGUGACACGGGUUCAAAGAUAGGUGAUAAUCGAAUCUAGGAUCUUAGUAAAAAGUACUUGCUCCAAUUAAGACAACACAGAUUCUUCCCGAAAGAUUGAAAAAAAUGAGAUUAUUUAUCUACUUAAUUCCAAAUAUAAGAUUGGGGAAAACUUAUGUCCCAAAAUAAGCUUCCGUACAUCCAAUCCUAGCUUCGGGUAGAGUUGCUGUUAGUAACAGCGAAAGUGAAAAAAAAAAAAAAAUUAAAAGCCCAAAGUCGCUGUUAGUAACAGCGACCUAAAAAAAAAUAAAAAAUUAAAAGCCCAAAGUCGCUGUUACUAACAGCGACUAAAAAAAAAAAAUUUUUUUUUUUUUAAUUUAAGUCGCUGUUAGUAGUAAUAAAAAAAAGUAUGGGUCUAAAACAAAAACUAAAAAGAAACUCUCAGUUUCAAAAUUCUCAUCAUUUUUUACAAAAUCCAAAUCAGGAGAUCUUGGGUCUAAACUUGUGGGUACUCUAUUUGGGUAUAGACGUGGGCAUGUUCAUAUUGCAUUUCAACAAAACCCUAAAACUACACCUGCUUUUUUGAUUGAGCUUUCUACUCCUACUAGUGUUCUUGUUAGAGAAAUGGCUUCUGGGUUAGUAAGGGUUGCAUUGGAAUGUGAUAAAAAGUGGGAUAAAAAGGGGAUGAAAUUGUUGGAAGAGCCUCUUUGGAGGGCUUAUUGUAAUGGGAAAAAGUGUGGGUAUGCUUUGCGCCGGGAUUGUGGGCGCCAUGAGUGGCGGGUGUUACAAUCUUUGGGGCCCAUUACGUAGAGGAGGAUGGUAAUGGUGUUCAGUUUGAGGAGGAUGGGAGUCUAUUCCAUUAUAUUGCGUUAAAAAAAAAAAUUCCCACUUUACAUAAUUUGGGAAAGUAUUUCCCACAAUACCGUCCAUGUGGAAAAAUGUUUUUUUUUUUAUUUUUUCAGACAAAACUGCCACUUGAGAUGGCGGUUUCCCUUAAGCAGAAAAACGCCACAUGAAGUGGCGGUUUGGUCAAGGCAAACCGCCAUCUCAUGUGGCGGUUUGGUCCCUGGUAAACCGCCACUUCAUGUGGCGGUUUGCUUAUGGCAUUUUAUUUUUUUAUUUUUUUUUCUUUCAUUUUAAAAUAGUGAACGCAACAUGCAUUAAAGUAGUUCAAUACCAUCUAUUCCAUAAUAAUCAAUUACGAACCAGCUUGUUUUGGAAAAAAUAAUUAUGAAAAUAAUACAAAGAUAUAUUACAAUUAUGGAAACUCAUA